UCCCCGUACACCUGUGCACGAGAUAAAUGUUGUUACCCUCGUCCCUCAAGUAUCAGGUAAAAGUGCUUUGGAACGAUAGUACUUGAAAUUAUGUGAUUGUAACCAAUGGAUUCUAAUAGCGAGGACUUAGUUCUGACCAAACCCAUAUAUGAAAACGGAGAAUACAAGAAUCCCUGGAACCAUCAGGAAUUGCCGAGUAUUGCAAGCAAAAGGACGCUUAAAUUUCUUUGGAAUCUGCUCAUAACGUCUUCAAACCUUCCAAGUAAAAAGGUUUUGGAUCAACAUCUUCCGGUGGAGAGGCCAGAUUUUGUUAAGUUGCGCAAUCCCCCAGUUUCGGGGAUCCAGACGACCUGGAUUGGUCAUGCAACAGUCCUAGUGCAGUUUGACGGUAUUUCCGUUCUCACUGAUCCUAUGUUUAGCCAACGGUGUUCGCCAUUUUCUUGGAUUGGAGGAAACAAACGAUACCGCCCUUCUCCAUGUAAAAUAGAGGAGCUCCCCAAAGUUGACGUCGUUUUGGUUAGUCAUUCACAUUAUGACCACUUGGACUACAGCUCUGUGCAAAAGCUGAAUAACAAGUUUGGUGAUUCUUUACACUGGUUUGUGCCAGUUGGUUUGAGAUCCUGGAUGGAGAGUGCCGGAUGUCUGAAAGUUACUGAGCUGUCAUGGUGGGAGGAAGCCAAAUUUAGGAACAAAGAAGAAUUCUUAAUUGCUUGCACACCAACACAACACUUUUCAGGACGAACCUUAUUUGACAACAAUAAGAGUCUCUGGGCCAGUUGGGUGGUAAAAGGUCCGAAAUCCACGUUCUUCUUCGCUGGAGACACUGGAUAUUCUAAAGAUUUUAAAACGAUAGGGAAAAAAUACGGACCAAUGACGUUAGCUGCUAUCCCCAUAGGCGCAUAUGCUCCAAGAGAUUUCUUAAAGUAUCACCACGUAAAUCCAGAGGAGGCAGUACAAAUCCAUACAGAUGUCCAGGCCAAAUUUUCGUUAGGAAUACACUGGGGGACAUUUAGAAUGGCUUUGGAGCCCUACGAUGAAUGUGUUAAUCGAGUAGCAACAGCCUUAAGGGAGAAAAACUUACAGCCUGUAUCUUUUUUUACCUUACGGCACGGUCAAGUGGUUACAAUUGGUGGAAAUGACAUUAACGAAGUUGAUUAAUUUUUAAGAGUCCAAACCAACUUUUUUAAAUAAUGUAAAAAUGUUUGAUAAGGCCAGAUCGCGACAAGACCACAAUAGUAAAUCAUCGGUUUCAUUUUCAACAUAUUCUAACAAGAUUACGGUGUAUCGAUAACUGUUACCAUUGUGUGUGUGUUUAAGAAGAUAAUCUGUGUUUGUUGUGUAUGUUAUGUGAAAGAUAUUUUGCUAAGUAAAUCCAUGCCUACAAAUAUUUCAUUUCAUUGCAAUAAUUUUUUAAUCAUUCGGAUGUGAUUAAUGAUAAAUUAAUAAACCUGUUUACCUUUAGAAAAAAUUAAGAAAAACUACAAAAGAUGAGAUUUAACCUCAUUUUUUAUGCAGCCUAUUGGACAUUGGAUCUUUUAUAAGGGGCAUGGUGAUGACGAAUCAAACUGGAAAGUAUUGUUUUUAAUCAACAAUAAUAAUGAUAAUUUUUAAUAUUUUUUAACAAGAUUUUCUAUUAUACUCUAUUUUAUUCCCAUCAAGAAAUACGAGGUUAUCUUUGGAUUAUAUAUAUG